AGCUAAUCACUCUCACUCCUCACCCAUCUCAAGCAAUUCAAACUUAUCCAAAUUAAACUCACGAACUUUCCGAUCUCCGACAUGGUUUCCGACAACCUCAAAAACGGCGGCGGCAAACCUAUAAAGAUCCGAGAAGUGUGGGCCCACAACCUCGACUCCGAAUUCGACCUCAUCUCCGACCUCAUCGACCAAUUCCCCUUCAUCUCCAUGGACACCGAGUUCCCCGGCGUCAUCUUCAAGCCGCCGCAACAUUCCGGCCACCGCCGCCCCUCCCCGGCCGACCACUACAGGCUGCUGAAGUCCAACGUCGACGCGCUCAGCCUCAUCCAGCUCGGCCUCACCCUCUCCGGCGCCGCCGGCGAGCUCCCCGGCGCCGGCGAGGAGCGCUUCAUCUGGCAGUUCAACUUCUCCGACUUCGACGCGGCGCGUGACCCCCACGCGCCGGAGUCGGUGGAGCUGCUCCGGGCCCACGGGAUCGACUUCGACCGGAACCGGGCGGAGGGGAUCGACUCGGCCCGGUUCGCGGAGCGGCUGAUGGGGUCCGGCCUGGUCUGCAGCGACGCGGUCAGCUGGGUCACGUUCCACAGCGCGUACGACUUCGGGUACCUGAUGAAGGCCCUCACGGGCGGGCGCCCGCUCCCGGCCCGGCUAGGGGAGUUUGCGGCCGCGCUGAGGGCCUUCUUCGGGUGCAACGUGUACGAUGUGAAGUACUUGAUGCGGUUUUGUGAGAGCCUGUACGGCGGGUUGGACCGGGUGGCCCGGGCGCUGGAUGUGGACCGGGUGGUCGGGAAGUGCCACCAGGCCGGGUCGGAUAGCUUGCUGACGUGGCAUGCGUUUCAGAGGAUGAGGGAUUUGUAUUUUGUGGAGAGGGGGCAUGAGAAGUAUGCUGGGGUGCUCUAUGGAUUAGAAGUGUAUUGAGUAGUGAUUAGGAGGAAUAAUUAAUUCCUGAUUUAAUUAGGUUGAAGGUGUAAUUUGUUGAUAUUUAAUCAUUAUCAAUUUAUUAAUUUUUAUGAAAACA